AUGGAGGUGCUGGAGGUGGUGGAGGUGAUGGAGGUGCUGGAGGUGAUGGAGGUGCUGGAGGUGCUGGAGGUGCUGGAGGUGCUGGAGGUGAUGGAGGUGCUGGAGGUGGUGGAGGUGGUGGAGGUGCUGGAGGUGCUGGAGGUGAUGAAGGUGAUGGAGGUACUGGAGGUGCUGGAGGUGCUGGAGGUGCUAGAGGUGCUGAAGGUGCUGGAGGUGCUGGAGGUGCUGGAGGUGGUGGAGGUGCUGGAGGUGAUGGAGGUGCUGGAGGUGCUGGAGGUGCUGGAGGUGAUGGAGGUGAUGGAGGUGCUGCAGGUGCUGGAGGUGAUGGAGGUGCUGCAGGUGCUGGAGGUGCUGGAGGUGAUGGAGGUGCUGCAGGUGCUGGAGGUGAUGGAGGUGCUGCAGGUGCUGGAGGUGCUGCAGGUGCUGGAGGUGAUGGAGGUGCUGGAGGUGGUGGAGGUGGUGGAGGAGAUGGAGGUGAUGGAGGAGAUGGAGGAGAUGGAGGUGAUGGAGGUGAUGGAGGUGAUGGAGGAGAUGGAGGAGAUGGAGGUGCUGGAGGAGAUGGAGGUGAUGGAGGAGAUGGAGGAGAUGGAGGUGAUGGAGGUGAUGAAGGUGAUGGAGGUGCUGGAGGUGAUGGAGGUGCUGGAGGUGGUGGAGGUGGUGGAGGAGAUGGAGGUGAUGGAGGAGAUGGAGGAGAUGGAGGUGAUGGAGGUGAUGGAGGUGAUGGAGGUGAUGGAGGAGAUGGAGGAGAUGGAGGUGAUGGAGGUGAUGGAGGUGAUGGAGGUGAUGGAGGAGAUGGAGGAGAUGGAGGUGAUGGAGGAGAUGGAGGUGAUGGAGGAGAUGGAGGAGAUGGAGGUGAUGGAGGAGAUGGAGGAGAUGGAGGUGAUGGAGGUGAUGGAGGAGAUGGAGGUGAUGGAGGUGAUGAAGGUGAUGGAGGAGAUGGAGGUGCUGGAGGAGAUGGAGGUGAUGGAGGAGAUGGAGGAGAUGUAG